AUGGGAUUGCUCUUCAACUCUGCUUUCUCUGUAGGAUUGCUCUUCUUAACUAGUUUCAUCAUCUAUCUCUUCGAUAGAUUUUGGGUGAAGCCUCAGAGGCUUCGAUCAAAGCUUCGUAGCCAAGGUCUGAGAGGUCCUUCACCUUCAUUUCUUCUUGGUAACAUUCCUGAUUUUAUCAAAUUCCAACCCAAAGACAUCAAAGCUCUUACUGAAGAUGGUGAAGCCACACAUGAUUGGGCUCGAUUCACAUUCCCAUUAUUCGACCAUUGGACUAAACAAUACAACUUUGCUUUGGGAACAUAUCAAGUGGUUUACAUUACUGAUCCACAUUUGGCCAAGGAAAUAAGCCUCUCCACAUCACUCAAGUUGGGAAUGCCUUUUUUCCUACAAAAGAAUUCAGAAACCUUGCUUGGUAAGGGCAUACUUACCUCAGAUGGAGAGUUCUGGGCUCACCAAAGAAAAACCAUAACUCUUGAGUUCUAUGUCGAUAAAGUUAAGAAUUUGGUGCACAUAAUGUUAGACUCUGCAAACAAACUAAUCAACACAUGGGAGAUUGAAAUAGAAAAACAAAGAGAGACAGCAAAUAUAAAGGUUGAUGAGGAUCUGCAGAGCUUUGCUUCUAUUGUCAUCUCUGAAACAUUGUUUGGACAAAGCAAUUCCAAAGUGAUUAAUGAAUUGCAAUCAAGGUUCAAGCGUCUAGAAAGGGCCAUGAAAACUCCAAUCCUAGUUGGCGGGAUUCCGGCUUAUGAUUAUUUUUACAAAUGGUUGUUAUUUAGGUACAUUCCAACCAAGAGCAAUUUAGAGAAAUGGAGAUUAAAGAAAGAGAUACAUUCACAGAUUAUGAGUAUUGUGAAUGAGCAGUCAUCUAAUGUAGAUGUGCUACAAACGAUCAUCAAUGGAGCUAAGAUGAGUGCUCUUGGACCAGCUGCAGUAGAACAACUCAUAGUCGACAACUGUAAGAAUGUUUAUGUAGCAGGGCUUGAAAGCACAGUAAACACUACAGCCUGGACCUUGAUGUUGCUUGCAAUGCAUCCAGAAUGGCAAGAUCGUGCCCGUCCGGAGGUUGCUGAAGUUUGUGGUGAAAGCUUGCCUAAUGCCACUAAGCUUGGCAAAAUGAAAGUGUUGACAUCAGUGAUUCAAGAAGCAUUAAGACUCAACCCUCCAGUACCCUUUAUAGCAAGAGAAACCCUAGAAGAUAUGAAGUUCGGAGACCUUGAAAUUCCAAAAGGCGUUGGUGUUUGGGUUGCUGUGAUGUCACUUCACCAUGAUCCUGAACUCUGGGGUCUUGACCCAAGCAAAUUUAACCCAGACAGGUUUGCUAACGGCAUAGGAAGUGCUUGCAAAAUCCCGCAAGUAUAUAUUCCUUUUGGUAAUGGUCCCCAUAUCUGUGCUGGACAAUUAUUUGCAAUGCUGGAGAUAAAAGCCCUCCUAACUAUCAUUCUCCAAAUUUUCCUUUUCCCUUGA